UUUAUUUUCUCAAUGAACUUUUUAAUUUAUGAAACACGGUCAGGAUUCGCAAAAAUAAGCGUAAAUACGCAUAGAUAUUGAGUUGCUGACUACUUUUACAUGUUAUUUUCAGAGGCAAGGAGUACAAUAAAAUAAAAAUUUAAACCCUUUCACUUUCGAAUUCUUCGUCACGUACAAGGAAACCAUCCCUGACGCUUUGUCUGUCGUCUUCGUCAUUUUGGAGAACUUAACACCUAAAUUGUCGAAGAUAAUCAGUAUAUAGUUUGUCCACCUUAAUAAAUAAUGGCUCUUUUCGAGGUAACUGGUUUUAAGCCUUAUGCUGAACUCCGUGGGCAGAUUCUUCCAGCAGGACAGACGCACCUCGUCGACCGAACCAACCACUACAAUUUCGGGACCAAAACUCAAGAAUUUGCUGUUCCUCAGGGUGUAGACCCCUCAGGGUUUCUCAAAUCCUGCAACCGUGACGGUGUGUGCAUUGACCUGAACCACGGCACGACCACCCUCGCCUUCAAGUUCAGACAUGGAGUCAUCGUGGCUGUGGACUCCAGAGCCUCAGCUGGCCGGUACUUAGCAUCCAACGAUGUUAACAAGGUCAUAGAGAUUAACCCCUACCUGCUGGGCACCAUGUCGGGCAGCGCUGCAGACUGCCAGUACUGGGAGAGACUCUUGGCCAAAGAGUGCAGGCUGUACAGGCUCAGGAACAACCAAAGGAUCUCUGUGGCUGCUGCCUCCAAGCUGCUGUGUAACAUGAUGCUGGGCUACAGAGGCAUGGGCCUCUCUAUGGGCAGCAUGAUCUGUGGAUGGGACAAAGAGGGCCCUGGUCUUUACUAUGUGGAUGAUAAUGGGACACGUCUGUCCGGCCGCAUGUUCUCUACGGGCUGUGGCAACAGUUACGCUUACGGUGUGGUGGACAGCGGUUACCGGGAAGACAUGACGGUGGAGGAGGCGUGUGAACUGGGCCGUCGGGGUAUUGCUCACGCCACACACAGGGACGCCUACUCUGGAGGGUCGGUCAAUAUGUACCACAUGCGGGAGGAUGGCUGGAUAAAGGUGUGUAAGGAAGACGUGUCGGAGCUGAUCCAUCGCUACAGGAAGGGAAUGUUCUGAGUUUGACCACUAAACCCAAAUCAACCUCAGCUGUUCCCUGAUUACCUUCAGCAAUGCUUGUCUUCCCAUAAUAAUGCAACUUUUUUGUCAAUUAUGUGAAUGUAUUUUCUUGAAAAUAUAUUGAAAUAAUUGACAUCUAAUUUUGGAAAUGAAUGACCCAACUUUAUCUCACAGCAGAUUGGAUGAAGUGUGUGUUAAUUUCUGACUUUGGAUCAAUGAAAUAUAAGACUUAGAACCCUUUCUUUCCAUACAUAUGGACCUAAACUUUGCAGGAUAAAUUUAAAGAUCUUUGGUUGGUUAUUGUUCUCUAUAUUAUGUAAUGCAGGCACUGUGUAUGUUUAUACCUACAUGGUUCAGUGUAGUAUUUUGUUGUUUGUUUUACAUCAUGUUGAAAUAAUAUUACCAAUACAACACACAGAAAUAAAGACCGUUGUUCAACUCUCUGCUCUGUCCUGUAAUCAUUAACCUGAACUGAUACUUUAUGUUGCUUUAUGAUAUAUAAGUGUCAGGUUUAAAAUUAAUAAGAG